UUCAUCGACUUCUAAAUGUUGAAAUGUAAAGCUGAUCUCGACGAUUAUUUUUCCUACUGUUUUGGUUAUGGUGGCACAGUUGAGUUUGACGAGACAGGCGCACGUCUCACGACAAAGAGAUGCUUAGGGUGUCCCGACGGAUCGCAACUCUCAUCCACCAAACCCUUCACGUGUCAGACCUGCAUUCCACCUCAGAUUUUUGACAUUUCUCUUAAAAAAUGUGUUUGCCCUGGGAACAAGGCCUGCGGUGUGACUGUCACGCCUGGAGACGAUUCCGCUGCUGCUUUAGGCGCCGAGCUGGGCGUGAACCUGCAGCUUCUAUCACAGAUGACCUACCACGACAUCCCAGUGCCAUCUGGUACCACAGUUUCGAGUACCGUCACUUCUCAUCUCUUCUCAUCGGAGCUCCUGCCAGCCCUUCAGAAAUGCUAUAUCGCAGGUGAUCGUGUGUCGUGCAAUGCCGUAGCUAACCUCUGCGUCCUGCAAAUGUAUGACAAGGGAACGCCUGCUUGCAAAGCAUACCUUGCAUUAGUAUCGAAACGACAGGCAACAAGAUACCAUAACCAAGAUGGAUGGUGAGAUUCAUCGCCAGCGACUAAAUGACACCCCUCGCCCUUCCUCCUCUCAUCUCCCCUCCCCCCCCGCCCUCCUCCUCCUCCUCCUGCUCCCCCCCAUCCAACCACCCUCUCCCUACACCUCCUUACUCACACCCAGUUCUGAAAAUAAACACGUAAACACCUC